GUUGGAAGGUUAUCUUGUUUGGUUCAGCUUGUACACUUAAGUGCGGCGUCUUUUGGAGAUAAACCCUAGUUCUUGUGUAGAGACGAUCUGAGAGAGAGAGAGAUGGUGGAAGAAGCUAACGUUGAUGUGAAAGCAUCGGCGAAGAAGGAUAUAAGGAAUUAUCUAUGCCAGUACUGCGGAAUCAGCAGAUCUAAAAAGUAUCUCAUCAAUUCACACAUCAAAUCUCAUCAUCAGAUGGAACUUGAAGAGGAAAGAGAUGAUAUGGCUUGUGAGGUUGAGGAAGAGACUUCAAGUAAACAUACUUGCCAGGAGUGUGGUGCUGAGUUUAAGAAGCCUGCUCAUUUAAAGCAGCAUAUGCAGAGCCAUUUGCUCGAGAGACCAUUUGCUUGCUAUGUGGAUGAUUGUGCUGCUACCUACAGGAGAAAGGAUCAUCUCAAUAGACAUCUUCUUACCCAUAAAGGGAAGCUCUUUAAGUGUCCAAAGGAGAAUUGCAAGAGUGAAUUCUCAGUACAGGGCAAUGUUGGUAGGCAUGUUAAGAAAUACCAUAGUAAUGAUGACAAUGAUAAGGACAAUACUGGUAAUGUCGAUAGUGGUAAGGACAAAUCUGGUAGCGGUGGUGGUGAUAAGGAAAAUAUUGCUAAUGGCGAUAGUGGUAAUAAGGACAGUACUUGUAAUGGUGAUUCUCAACCCUCUGAAUCUUCAACUGGUCAGAAGCCGCAUGUCUGCAAAGAAAUUGGUUGUGGUAAAGCCUUUAAGUAUCCUUCACAGCUGCAAAAGCAUCAGGAUUCUCAUGUGAAAUUGGACUCUGUGGAGGCGUUUUGUUCUGAGCCUGGGUGUAUGAAGUACUUUACAAAUGAGGAAUGCCUUAAAGCACACAUAAGAUCCUGCCAUCAGCACAUCAACUGUGAGAUAUGUGGUUCUAAACAUUUGAAAAAGAACAUCAAAAGACAUCUACGGACUCAUGAAGAAGAUUCCUCACCAGGAGAAUUCAAGUGUGAAGUGGACGGUUGCUCUUCGACAUUCUCAAAGGCUUCUAAUCUUCAGAAACACAAGAAAGCAGUGCACGAAGAUAUCCGUCCUUUUAUAUGUGGCUUUCCAGGUUGUGGCAUGAGAUUUGCUUACAAACAUGUCAGAAACAACCACGAGAAUUCAGGGUGCCACAUAUAUACCUGCGGUGAUUUUGUUGAAACGGAUGAAGAUUUCACAUCAAGACCAAGAGGUGGACGAAAAAGGAAGCAAGUUACAGCUGAAAUGAUGGUACGAAAGAGGGUCAUGCCUCCUCGGUUUGAUUCAGAAGGACACGAGACUUGCUAGUAGUAGUAUCCAACAAGCCUUGUUAUAUAAUUUAUAAGAUACGAGAACAAGGUAGUACAAGACUACUAGAGUACUAGGCAGGUGUUAUGUGUAAGUAAAGCUUUUUAUUUGUUUGUAUGAGUUCCACUAGAAGGAAAUAUAAUAACGACAAUAGUAUAACUAGUAAUGUAAAAUUUUGAUUGGUAAUCUAAUUUGUGUUCUAUC